AUGAAGAUCCCCCCAGAAACAGUCCAUAAACUCCAGCUGAACGCAUCGUGCAUUCGAAACAUCUGCAUCCUUGCUCACGUGGACCAUGGCAAGACUACAUUGAGUGACUCACUAUUGGCAACCAAUGGGAUCAUAUCGCAACGAAUGGCAGGCAAGGUGCGAUACCUAGAUUCUCGAGAAGACGAACAAUUGAGGGGGAUAACAAUGGAAGCCUCGGCCAUCUCAUUGUAUUUCAAAGUCAUGAAGAUGCCAAAGGAACCCAAGCCGGGGCAACCACCACCACCACGGCAACAGCAACAACAAGACGAAGUAGAAGAAGAGGAAGAAAAAGUCCAACCGGAGAUACAGGAGCAUCUCAUCAAUCUAAUUGACUCUCCGGGACACAUUGAUUUCUCAUCCGAGGUCAGCACUUCGUCGCGUUUGUGCGAUGGAGCUAUUGUCUUGGUGGACGCAGUCGAAGGAGUCUGCUCGCAAACCAUCAAUGUCUUGCGCCAGUGCUGGAUUGACAAGCUCAAGCCCCUUUUAGUGAUCAACAAGUUGGAUCGUCUAAUAGUCGAGUGGAAAAUGAGUCCGCUAGAGGCAUACCACCAUAUGCUGAAGAUUAUAGAAAAUGUAAACUCGGUGAUUGGCUCCUUCUACGCUGGGGAUAGACUAGAAGAUGACUUGAAUUGGAGAGAAGGUGGCGAAAUCGGCGAGUUUGUUGAAAAAGAUGACGAGAACUUGUAUUUCACCCCGGAAAAGAACAAUGUCAUCUUUGCCUCGUCCAUUGGCGGAUGGGCGUUUUCAGUAAACACCUUUGCGAGAAUUUACCUGAAGAAAUUGGGAUUCUCGCAAGUGGCAUUGUCAAAGACCCUUUGGGGGGAUUUUUAUUUGGACAUGAAGAACAAGAAAAUCAUUCCGGGGAAAAAACUAAAAAACAAUAACUUUAAGCCCUUGUUUGUGUCGUUGAUAUUGGAACAGAUUUGGGCCGUUUAUGAAAAUUGUCUAAUCGAUAGAGACCAAGAAAAAUUGACCAAGAUCAUUGGGAAAUUAGGGGCCCGAGUGUCUCCGCGAGACUUGAACUCCAAGGACCACAAGGUGCUAUUGAACCAGAUCAUGUCGCAAUGGAUCCCCUUGAGCCAUGCAAUUUUAGGUGCAGUCAUAGACUACUUACCGAGUCCCGUGGUUGCUCAACGUGAAAGAAUUGAUAAAAUCCUCGAGGACUCGUUCUACACCGCCAUACCGGAUGAACAGGAACGGAAAAAAUUGGUUGACUCGAGCUAUGUCAAUUCUAUGCGUGAAUGCGAUGGUUCGCAGCCAGAGAUACACACCAUAGCAUACGUUUCGAAACUCUUGUCCAUCCCAAACACAGAGAUUCCUAAAGAGACAAGUGCAACUAGCGAAGCCACAGCGGAACAAUUAAGGGAAAGAUCUAGAAUGGCGAGGGAACUCGCUAAAAAGGCAUCCGACGCCGCCGCCGCCGUUGCUUCAGCUUCUCAAAAGGUGACCGAGGAGAAUGACUUUAUCGUGCAACCAAAAAAAUCUGCUUUUGAUUGGGAAUUCGAAGAGGAUAAUUUCGAACAAGAUUUUGAACAAGAUGAUGACGACGAUGGAAUAGAGGAGAGCACUGAAACUUUGGUGGGGUUCACCCGGGUCUACUCCGGUGCUUUAUCCAAGGGCCAAAAAUUGGCGGUUGUCGGACCCAAAUACGAUAGUGCAUUACCAGCCGAGGACCCGAAAAACGCGGGUCAACUCAUCAAGCAAGUUGAAAUCAAAGAUUUGUUCCUCAUUAUGGGUCGGGAGCUAGUUCGAAUGGACACUGUCCCUGCUGGUAAUAUUGUUGGAGUUGUCGGUUUAGACAAUGCCGUGUUAAAGAACGCAACCAUUUGCUCCGAGCUUGCUGAUGGUGAACCGUAUAUCAACUUGGCAUCAACUGCAACAAUGAUUCACAACAAGCCAAUUAUGAAAAUCGCAGUCGAGCCAACAAACCCCAUGAAGCUCGCCAAAUUGGAGCAUGGAUUGCUGUUGCUCGCCAAGGCUGACCCGGUUUUGGAGUGGUACAUAGAUGACGACUCGGGCGAAUUGAUUGUUUGUGUUGCAGGAGAAUUGCAUCUUGAGAGAUGCUUGAAGGACUUGGAAGAGCGGUUUGCCAAAGGGUGCGAGGUGACGGUGAAAGAGCCAGUGAUUCCGUUUAGGGAAACUUUGGCGUCAGACAAAAUCGAUCCAGAGCGCUUGCAACAGGAAAAGGAGAUGGAGGAGAAAGGUGAGGAGGAUGAAAGGAAGAAGGAAGUAGGUGAUGAAGAUGAAGAUGGUAAUGGCAAUGGCACUGAAGAUGGUACUGACGAUGAGCUCGUCACUUUGAAAAUCAAUGUCUCGCCGUUACCUGCCGAGGUCACCCAAUUCUUGCUUGAGCACGAGUCUUCAAUUGCUCAAUUGAUUCGGAACUUAGUUGGCUCUUUCGAGUUGAAAAAGACAUUUGCAGAAAAGUUGGUGAAAAUCUUUGAUGAGAGCAACGAAUCUUUUUCCCACUUUAAGGAUGCUCAAAGUCUCGUUGACCAUAUAAUCGCAUUUGGCCCUAAGAGAACUGGCCCAAAUAUCGUUGUCGAUGCAACCAACUUGUUCAAACCGUUGCUCGCGGAAAGUAAAUUGCAGCUGGAAAAAUUCGAGUUUGAGAGCAACGUGCUCAAUGGCGCGCAGUUGGCGUUAAACGAAGGACCGCUUUCCUCGGAACCCACUCAGGGUCUCCUUGUAACUGUUCAAGCUGCAGUGGUGAAUAAAAUAGAGGACAAGGUUCUCAACCCUGGAAAAAUUAUAAAUCAAACCAAGAACCUCAUUCAUCAGCAAAUGUUGAUCAAAUCUCCUCGAUUGAUGUUGGCAAUGUACACCUGUGAAAUCCAGGCAACUGCCGAGGUGUUGGGUAAGGUUUACGCAGUGGUUCAGAAACGAGAAGGCUCCAUCAUUUCUGAAGAGAUGAAAGAAGGCUCGCCGUUUUUCACAAUUGUUGCGAGACUCCCCGUCAUUCAAGCUUUUGGGUUUAGUGAAGACAUCAGGAAAAAGACCUCUGGGGCUGCAAGUCCACAGUUGGUCUUUGAUGGCUAUGAUAUGCUUGACAUUGACCCAUUCUGGGUGCCUCAUACUGAUGUAGAGUUGGAAGAGCUCGGAGAAUUUGCCGAAAGAGAAAACAUAGCACGAAGAUACAUGAACAACAUCAGACGAAGGAAAGGAUUGUUUGUUGAUGAAAAAGUGGUUAAAAACGCUGAGAAGCAAAGAACAUUGAAGAAAGAUUGA